UCCGGAGUGUGCUUGUUGUUGGAAAAAAUAAAGAGGAGAGGGGGCCACUGAGACAUUUCUUUUAAAAUCAGCUCGAUUUUUGAUCAUUUGUUGGCAUUUGCUGGUCCCUGUAGCAGUGAUUUGAUCAAACAUCAGAUGACAUCAAUCACUUCUUAGAGCUUCUGUCAACAAAGUUGAUCGCUAGUGACCAAUAAACAAGUACAGCAUUGAAUAUGAAGAUCUUUUUUUUGAUAUCCAAUAUGUUCUCAGUAUCAGUAAACUUUUUUCUGGUCAACGAUCAUUCCUUAUCGGAUUAUGGUAUUAACGAUGGUCAUGUGGUUUCCAUGGUCGUCAAGCAACCAAAUCUGCUUGAGGGCGAAAUCUCCAAUAAUUCAACUUCGUCAAGCAGUGCUCAACAAAUGUGUUCGCAACAAUAUGAAAAUAGUGGAUGUACGAGUAAUGAAUAUUACAAAGUAGGAGAAUAUGUUGACGUGCGUAUGGACAAUGGCGCAUGGUAUGAAUCAGAAAUAGUACAAAUAACAUCUUGUGGGACUAAUACGGAGAAUGUUGAUCAAGAAUGCAUCAUUUUCACUGUAAAAAGUGAGUAUUUUAUUUGA